UCCUUCCCUCUUACCAUCGCCACAACCACAACGAUCAGCAGGGUCGCAGCAGCAGAGCACCAGCCGCCGCUGCUGUAGCACGACGACUACUACGGCGACAGCUACAAUCGCCUUAAGUAGUCCUGCUUGUAGACCAGUGGUGAGAAAGAGUUUCCAAUUAUUUCGAAUUCACGAAGAUCCUCCCAACUUAUCGCUCCAGUGGACAACAUGACUGUCAAGGAAGAUCUCUCGUCGAUCAGUCCAGAAGAGCGGGCGAUCCAGUCUGAGCGAGGACCUGUGGCGGGACCAAUCCAGCUCUUAGCCGUUGAAAAGGAUCACACGUUCACCCUGAAUGAGGAAGAGCUCAGUAAACUGCUUCUGAGGGAAGAUGUUCGUGAUCUCAAAGUAGUUGUCGUUGCGGUCGCCGGAGCCUUCAGGAAAGGAAAGAGCUUCUUACUCGACUUUUUUCUCAGAUACAUGAGAGCCAAUGGGUCGAAAGAUUGGAUGGGCGACGAUGACACUCCGCUUCAAGGUUUCACCUGGAGAGGUGGUUGUGAGAGAGACACAACAGGAAUCCUUGUCUGGAAUGAGGUCUUCAAAGUAAAAACUCCGAAGGGGGAGGAACUCGCUGUGAUAUUCAUGGACACUCAAGGCACUUUCGACUCAGACUCCACCGUCAAGGACUGCUGUACCAUAUUCGCGUUGUCGACAAUGACCUCCUCGACAUUAAUCUACAACUUAUCUCAGAAUAUUCAAGAAGACGAUCUGCAGCACCUGCAACUCUUCACUGAAUACGGGCGAUUGGCCUACGAAGAAGGCAACCUCGAAGGGACACCAUUCCAAAAAUUGCUGUUUUUGGUGCGGGAUUGGUAUUACAUCAAAGAUGCUGCGUACGGUAGUGAGGGUGGACAGAAAAUCCUUGAUAGGAGACUGCAAAUCUCAGAGAAGCACACAGAGCUCCAGGUGUUGCGGAAGCAUAUUCGGAAGUGUUUCUCUUCGCUUGAAUGUUUCCUAUUACCUCACCCCGGCCUCCGUGUCGCUACAUCCGAAGAGUUCGACGGGAGGAACAAAGACAUAGAGAACGACUUCAAGACUCAGCUGGGAGAGUUGGUACCGUCGUUGCUUGCGCCUGAGAACUUGGUCAAGAAGCAGGUCAACGGCAGGGAUGUCACCUGCAAAGAGCUCCUGCAGUACAUACGCGCGUACGUUGAGAUUUUCGGAGGAAACGAGCUGCCUGAACCGAAGAACAUGGUGAUCGCCACCGCGGAGGCGAACAAUCUCAAUGCGAUCAGUGAAUGCAAAGACGUCUACAAGAAGCAGAUGGAGAAAAUUUGCGGUGGCGAACAGAGCUACAUCACGCCGCGUGAGCUCUUCCAACACCAUGAAGCGCUGAAAGACGCUGCGAAGAGGAGGUUCGAGGGCACGCGCAAGAUGGGGAAUGAGGAGUUCUGCCAAAUCUACCUAGAGAAGCUUCUAGAGGACUUGGAUGAUACUUUCGUGUCCUACCAGAAAUACAACGAGGGGAAGAAUUUCUUCGCUCAAGCAAGAACCCCAGCGUGUAUAUUUGGUCUCGUCCUCGGAGCACUCGCUGCAAUGAGCACCUUCUCGAUGUUCGGCAUCUACAGCCUGGCGAAUUUCUGCCAAAUCAUUAUAUGGAUCCUCUUCGCAACUUUCGCAGCAUGGGCUUACGUACGUUUCACCGGAGAACGGCGGGAGGUGGGCAAGGCCAUCGACGAAGCAGCCCAAUUAACGUUUACUUUUAUAUUCAAACCUAUCGGCAAGAAGGUGUUCCAAGGCUCGAAUAUACCCUACCUCGCCGAUGAGCAGAUAUCCGAACCAACGGCGUCGCGGAUUUUGGCGAAGAAAAAGGAAUAAUACCAUAUUACCCGUUAGAGAGAAUAUCGCUCCGCAGAAAGCCAUUCCCAAUGACCGAAAGUUUAUUCCUGCAAACGGAGAAUAUACUCCCUAAGAUGUUCACUCUCUUUUAAACAAUGGGAGACGUCGUUUGUCUCCGGCACGACCGGUUUGAGUGGUGAGCAACACUGUUUGAGAUCACCGAUUGUAUCGAGGUCUGAUUGAUUUGUUGAAUUAGACCCAUCUCAUCGGAAGCUUUGAUACUUCAACGAGUUGGCAGAACGAUACAAGAUGAUUAAACGUUACGUAAUACUUUUUUAUCAGAGAA